AUGUCGGCCUUGAGCACCGGGCCUUGUCGACCCGGGAUUAUAUUCUGUCUGGCUGUUCUACUGGCAUCGCAAACCAAUUCUGCACCCGUAUACGACCAGGAUACCACACAAGUAGCAGAAUACGAUGGAGGCCAAGCAGGAUGCUACUACAACUUCCAACAUUACCAGGAGGGUGAUCGAAUCGUCACGAACGAGCCAUGCUUGAAUUGCACGUGUCACAAUCGAAUGUUGAUGUGUUACCUGAGGGUCUGCCCCUUCACGAAGGCCAUCGGUCAAGAUUGUACAGUGGAGAAACGUCCGGAUCAGUGUUGUCCUGUCAUCACUUGUCCCGAGGUCCCGGUACAAUUGUUAACAUCGACCACUAGUGCACCAGCGACCUCCGGUUCCACGGCGUUGGGCUUCCACGAUAAUUAUGGAUGCAACGUUAACGAACGGUUCUACGCCGACGGGGCACAAUUGCCCACCGAUCCUCAAAAUCCUUGCGAACUCUGCUACUGUAUCAGAAACAGGACUACUUGUGUUAUGCAGGAGUGCACGUUGCGUGUGGCUGGAUGCAGGCCUGUCUAUCAACCUGGAAUAUGCUGUCCGAUCAAAUACAACUGUGAAUACGACGAGGAUCUUGCUACGACGGUUGAACCAACCGGCCUGAUCAUGACCACCACAAUGGCCCCAGACGCGACUCCGCAAUGCUACCACGAAGGCAAGGUAUACGAAGACGGCGACUUGAUUUACUCGACGCAGCCCUGUCAGCACUGCUAUUGCUUCCGCGGUGACAUCGCGUGCGCUGUCCAAGAUUGUGGAGCGCCGAUGAAAACGCACGGGAAGAAUUGCACUGCUGUGCCACCGCCGGAAGGAGAGUGUUGCCCGACCACGUACGAAUGCGACGACGGACAAGGAGAAGACGUCACAGCGUUACCAAAGGGCGAGGAACAGCCUACAGAGGAACACGUUCUAGAAACCACGGUAUCGAGCGUAACGGAAGCAGAGGAAGAAGUUCUACAUCCUGAAACGACGGAGGAAUCCUUCCCAGGAUCAGACAACGCAAUUCCUGAGGUCCACAAAGGUGCAGACGCAGAAGGCACUGAAUCUCCCGUCGAAAGCGCACCAUCCACGGAAGAACCGAAGAAAGAAACGGAAGAAGCUCCUUCUGAAGAAGAACACGUUCCAGAGACAGCAACGACUGUGAAGGAAACUAAAUUGCAAGAGGAAUAUACUACAGAAGGAAUCACUGAAACGCCUGUUCCCCAGGAAGCACCAGAAGCGACUUCACCGAAGGCAGCAGUUGAACCUGAAGAAGCAACUACCGUGAAAGAGGAAGAGGUGCAACCGGUGGUUACUGAACAAGCGAUACCAGAAGAAGCACAAACCGAAGGUGAGAUACAGAAAGGAGAACAACCUGAAGUGGCGAGCACAGAGAAAGGAGAAGAAAUGGAACCAACGGAAAAAAGUGUAACUAGUUUGGAACAAGAACCAAGUGUAACUCAAGCAACGUUAUCUGAAGAGGAGCAGACAGUCCAAGAAGGUGAGAAACCUACGCAAGCACCGGAAGAGGAGCAGCCAGUCCAGGAAGCUGAGAAACCUACGCAAGCACCUGAAAUUCCAAGCGAAGAGAAGGGAACGUCCCCUGUUCCUGAGGCAGAAGCUACCACGGCUAAGAGUGAAGAACCGGUGACAGAAGCAGGCAAGGUGACAGAAACUCCUGCUGUUGUUUCUGAACCGGAAGAGAAGAUCACAACAAUGGGACCAAUCGAAGGAAAACCGGAAGAAACCGCGACACCAGAAACAGAAAUUGCUACUGAGAAACCUCUUGAAGAAGUGCCAAGCACGGAGCAAGUUCCUGAACAAGAGGGAGAAAAGGAGAAGCCUAUGGAAGUCAGCACAGAACAACAACCCACUGAAGCUGCUGUUCCAAUAGAACACGGUGAAGAACAUGUAAUUACGGAAGCUCCAGUUGAACAGAAGACGCAACUGCCAAUUGAACACAAAGCUCCUGAAGGAUUACCUGGUGUGGUUCCCAAGAAAGACGACAUGGUCCCUACUGAAGGACCUGAGACUGGUGAGCAACCAGCAGUGACGGAAGAGCAUCACGAAGAAGAACAGCCUCCUGUGAUUCCAGAAUACGGUCCACCAGGUAUUUCAAUCACAGAACGUGUACCUGAAAGCAAGAAAGAGGAUCAGGAAGAAGUGACUGAGAUGCCCGUUACUCAAGGAUACGUUGACAUGAAACCACCAGAGUUCCAUGUGCCAAGCAGUCUCGUGACUGAAGCUCCUGAGAAGGCUCCAACCACGUACUUGCCUCCGUCACACGAAACAAUGAUUCCACCCAAACAUGAAGCUGAAGAAGGCACCGCGUUUGAAGGAGAAUUACCGGAAGAAGGACCUUCUGUUACUUCGCCGAGCCCAGAGAAGGCUGAAGAAGGUGUUCCUUCGGUGACAGAAGCUGGCGAGGUUCCUGGAAAAGAGAAGGAAGUAACUGAAGCUGUUCCUGCAGGUCCUGUUGUAGAAAUUUCGACUCAGCAAGCCCCACAGGAAGAGACUCAACAAACUGAGCAACCAGGUUCACAAGAGGAACACAGUACUGAGGUUUCAUCUUCUGAGAUGUCGUUAACGAAAGAGGAAGGUGAAGAACCACCGACUAAAGGACUGCCUCUCGAGGAAUCUGGAGAGUCGUCUUCUGAAGAAGUGAGCGAUUCCAGUGAAGAAGCUUCGAAAGAAGAAGGAAAGGUACCUGAGGAACAUCCAUCUGAGACGCCAGCUCAGCCACAUGUCACUGAACAAUUACCAACGGAGCAACCAGCUGUCGAAGAACAAACUACAGAAGCUGAGAAAGUAACGACUGAAGGCGCUGUAUUGGCUCAAUCAACGGAAGCUCCACACGCUGAAGAAAUACCGACGGAUGUCAGCGCAAUUCCAGAGGAAAAACCUGCCACUGAAAAGGAGGAACAAGUCACGGUUGCGCCAAAAGAAGUUUUACCAAGUGAAAAGCCUAGUGUCAGCUCAGAAGCACCUGAAGAACAAGUGACUGAGAAACCAGUUAUUAGCGAAGAGGAAGUCACUCCUAAGGUUAUUGAAGGUGAAGAGGUAAGCACGCCACAGAUGCCGGUUAGUGAAGCUGAAGGAAGUGAAAAACCUGGUGUAGAGGAAGCUCCAAGCACACCACAAAUACCAAUUAGUGAAACAGAAGCAAGUGAAAAACCUGGUGUAGAGGAAGCUCCAGGCACGCCGCAGAUACCAAUUAGUGAAACAGAAGCAAGUGAAAAACCUGGUGCAGAGGAAACUCCAAGCACGCCGCAGAUACCUAUUAGUGAAACAGAAGCAAGUGAAAAACCUGGUGUAGAGGAAGCUCCAAGCACGCCGCAGAUACCAAUUAGUGAAACUGAAGCAAGUGAAAAACCUGGUGCAGAGGAAGCUCCAAGCACGCCACAGAUGCCGGUUAGUGAAGCUGAAGGAAGUGAAAGACCUGGUGUAGAGGAAGCUCCAAGCACGCCAGAAAUACCAGUUAGUGAAACAGAAGGAAGUGAAAAACCUGGUGUAGAGGAAGCUCCAAGCACGCCGCAGAUACCAAUUAGUGAAACUGAAGGAAGUGAAAGACCUGGUGUAGAGGAAGCUCCAAGCACGCCGCAGAUACCUAUUAGUGAAACAGAAGCAAGUGAAAAACCUGGUGCAGAGGAAGCUCCAAGCACGCCGCAGAUACCUAUUAGUGAAACAGAAGCAAGUGAAAAACCUGGUGCAGAGGAAGCUCCAAGCACGCCACAGAUGCCGGUUAGUGAAGCUGAAGGAAGUGAAAGACCUGGUGUAGAGGAAGCUCCGAAAGAAGGAACCACUCCAGAAAUUGAAAGUUCAUCGGUCACUCAAGAAAUGGCAGAGGUUGAGAAACCAACUGAAGGUACAUUAAUGGUAGAGGUACAUCCAACGGUAGUGUCUGUGGAAGAACAGAAGACAGAAGCACCGGAAGCUGGAACGGAACAACCUAGUUUAGAACAGACUGAGGCAACUCCGGAGGAACAGAAGACAGAAGAGCCAAUGAGAGAAGAGGUUCAAACUGAAGGUCCUAUGGUUGGGUCACCAGCAACGGAGGAGACGAUAACUGAAGCUGGAUUAGAAAAGGAGGGAACGCAAGCUCCGGUUGAAGGAUACACAUCGACCAAGUCUCCUAUCAGUGAACGUAAAGAGGAUGAAGCAAUGGGAGCAGAAAGGCCGCCUGAAGAAGCAGAAGGCGUUCAGAAGCCAUCUCUUGAAGAAGAGAAGCCAACUGAAAAGCCUGUGGAGGCGGAAGUGACGACUGGAAUGCCUGUAGCGGGCGAAGAAGCAUCUGAAAAGCCUGUCGAGGAGGAGAAACCAACGGAAGGACCUGUGGAAGAAGGAAAACCAGUAGAGGAAGAGAAACCAACAACAGAAGGACCUGUUGAAGAAGGAAAACCAACGGAGGAAGAGAAACCAACGGAAGGACCUCUUGAAGAAGGAAAACCAGCAGAGGAAGCGAAACCAACGGAAGGCCCUGUUGAGGAGGAGAAACCGACUGAAGAAGCGAAACCAACGGAAGGACCAGUUGAGAAGGAGAAACCGACUGAAAAACCUGUAGAAGAACAACCUGCUGAAGGUGAGCAACCAACUGAAGGACCAACCGAGGUACAAGAACCUGUCCAAGAGCAAAGACCGACUGAGAUGCCUGUUGAGGAAGGAAAACUUGCAGAAGAAGGACCAACUGAAGGACCUCUUGAAGAAGAAAAACCAGCUGAACAAACAGAGUUACCUCUGGAAGAAGGAAAGACGACUGAAGGUCCUGUGGAGGAAAGCAAACCUUUAGAAGAGGAGAAACUGACAGAGGGACCUUUGGAAGAAGGAAAACCGACAGAGGGGCCUUUGGAAGAAGGAAAACCAAUAGAGGGACCUUUGGAAGAAGAAAAACCAACGGAGGAAGUGAAACCAACUGAAGGUCCUGUUGAGAAAGAAAAACCAGAAGAGGAGGUGAAACCAACAGAAGGACCAGUUGAAGAAGGUAAACCAGAAGAGGAGAUGAAACCAACAGAAGGACCAGUUGAAGAAGUUAAACCAACAGAAGGACCAGUUGAAGAAGGAAAACCAGAAGAGGAGGUGAAACCAACAGAAAGACCAGAAGAAGGUAGACCAGAAGAAGAGAUGAAACCAACAGAAGGACCAGUAGAAGAAGGUAAACCAACAGAAGGACCUGUUGAAGAAGAAAAACCAGCAGAGGAAAUGAAACCAACGGAAGGACCAGUUGAAGAGGAAAAAGCAACUGAAAAGCCAGUAGAAGAAGCAGAACCAACAGAAGGACCUGCUGAAGAAGAAAAGCCAACUGAACCACCUGUUGAAGAAGGAAAAUUAACAGAAAAACCUGCGGAAGAAGAAAGACCAACAGCGGAAGCAACUGAACCAACACCUCCUCAGGAGAUUGUACCAGUAUCUGUAGAAAUUUCAACGGAAGGUCCAAUGAUUGAAGAGAAACCAUCAGAAGGUACUGAAGCCGUGCCUACAAAAGUUCCUGGCGUAGAAGAAACAGUUAGUCCUACUACUGCUCCUAAAGAGGUACCUGAAGUAUCGACAGAAGUACCAAAGGAAGUUCCAGAAGCUUCUACGGCUGUUCCUGAAGGAGAGAUCUCGCCUACGGAAGAAGCUCAAACUGAGACUGGAGUACCCGAAGAAAAACCAACGGAAGCUCCCACACAUGAAGAACCUUCCACGGAACCUACUAAACAAGCUCCAGAACCUGUUGAAGAGGAACAGUUGCCAGAAGGAAGCACUCAACAACCAGAAGUACUAGUUGAAGCAUCCACAGCAGCUAUUCCAGGGGAGGAAACAACUGAACAAGAAGGUAAAAUUCCCGAGGAAGGUGCCAUAACUCAGGCGCCUGAAGUGUCUUCCACUGAAGCUGCAGCUGCUAAGACAACCGUAGCACCUUCUGAAGAAACACCAUUACCUGAAGAAGAACAGAAAGUUUCUCCUCCCGAAGAAGCUGAACCGAAAGUGACUCUACCGCAAGAAGGAAGUACAACGGCAAUUCCACAAGAAAAGGAAACGGAAGCUCCGCUGACGGAAGAGAAGGCUGCAGAACCUUCGACUGCUGCACCAGCCAAGGAAGAAGAGAUUCCAGCAACCACACCAUACGCAGAAGUAUCGCCAAAAGUAACGACUGAAGAAGUGAUCGAACAGUCUACAGUAGCUGGAGUAAUACCGGAAGAAGGAACAUCAGAGGAACCACAUCUAAUUCCAGGAGAAGGCAAUUGUCUUCUCGAAGGACAAUCUUACAGCAACAACUCCGUUGUUCCUCCUGUCAAUCCUUGUCAACUGCACUGUCACUGUGUCAGUAGUAUUGUUCAGUGUGAGCUCGUAACGUGUUCACCACCGCCAACUGACUUGACCAACUGCAUGCCAAUACACACUAACAGUGAUCCCUGCUGUCCAAUGUACACUUGCGACUCCACGCCUACUGCAGUACUGGAAUCUGGUAAUCAUAUGAUCGAGAACGAUACGCAUAAAUACGAAACGGAGGAAAAAGAACAGAAGACUGUAUCGCCCGAAGUCACGGUUAAAGAAGCCACAACGGAAGCUGGUGAGGAACAUUCGACAAUAGCACCUGAGAUGCACGUACCCAGCGGUGAACAGACAGUUGCACCUGGUUUGACCGAGGAAGCACAGACGACACCGAAAUCCGCCGAACCUGAGCACGUACAAACGACUACCGUCGGAGAAGCUGCCAAAGAACCCGAAGAGCAUACCCUUAGUCCAGUACCUCCAGAGCAGGUAGAGUCUUCUAGUCAAAUUCCUCAAGAGGAAACGAAAGAAUCUUCACCGGAACUACCAAGCACCUCGGCGAAGAGCGUGGAGGAACAGGAGGAACAGGUAACCAGGGUGCCAUCCACUGAACAGCCAAUCGAAGGACAAGUUUCUGAAGAGCAACCCUCGAGUCCAGCUGCUGGGGAAGAACAGACAACAGAGGCAAUUCCGCAAGAGCAUACUUCCGUUGGAAUCGAAAAGGAAGCUCCUACCACCAAGCAACCUGAAGAAGAAACAAAACCUGCAGAGGGCGAAGAACAGACAACCGUUUCCCCUGCAGUUCCGGAAGGUGUGAGCAAAGAACCUGAAAUUCCAAGCUCUUCCGUUAUUCCAGAGCUAGCAGGACAAACUCCAUCAGGUGCUGAAACUGAGAAACCAUUAGAAGAAGGAACUACUGCGGGCGUAGAAUCUGUGACACAUCCUGGCGAAGAAGGAGUGAAAGGAACUGAACCAUCUGAAGGAGAACAGCCUGUUCAGCCUGAACAGCCAACGACAGAAGGUAAAUUGGAGACUGUUCAACCUAGCGAGGCAGCGACUGAAAAGCCAUCUCCUGUGGAAACGUCUACUCCAGAACAAGGCGUUACAGCAGGCGAAGAACUGGAAGUUACUCCAGUCGAACAGGAAACUGCUAAACCAUCUGAAAGUGAAACACCUGCAACUGUAGAAAUAGGAGUUUCUACAGAGGCUCCAGUAUCUGUACCAGAGGAAGCAACUACUCCUGGUUUGACUAAAGAAGAACCAACCGGCACUGAAGGACCUGUAGAAGGAACAAUGGCACCAUCGAGUGAAGAAGUUACUAAGAAACCAGAUGUGCCCUCUGAAGAAGGGCAAACUGUACCAGUUGGAACCGAACAACCCUUGAUACCUACUACCAUAGCAGAAGAACAAACCAAAGAAACACUUGCGCCUGAAGGUGCAGUCAAGGCAACUGUAGAGACUAGUGAGGAACAAACUGAAGCUCCUGAAGAACAACCUGAGAAGAUGCCUGGAGAACAGGUACCAAGUUCUACUGAAGCUGCUGAGACAGGCACUGAAGAACCAUCUGUACCCAUUGAAACUAAAGAACCGACAGAGAAGGAAGGAGUUACUGAAGAGCCAGCAGUUAUGAUUGAAACAAAGCCAGCAGAAGAAACUCCAAAACCUAAAGAUCAACAACCAGAAGUAACUCCAUCUGGAGAAGAGCAAACUCCUGAAUCCAUUUCACCUGCUGAAGAAGGAACCACCACUCCAUCUCUUGUUUCUCAAGAAGUGAGCACGGAAGCAGCACCUGAAGCCACCACUGUGAAAGCAGCUCCUGAAAUGACUAUGCCUCAAGAACAAACUGAGCAACCCUCGGUUGAAAAGGAGACUGCAAUACCUGUUACUGAAGAAAUGGUUACUAUAGGAAUUGAAGAACAGCCUGCUCAGCCUGAAGAACAACCAGCAACUGAGGGACCAACUAGUGCUCCUGUCGAAGGUGAAGUGUCUGAAGCUACAGCAGUACCAGAACGUGAAGUUCCAGAACAGGUAACUGAGAAACAAGAACAAACGACAGUGGUACCUGAUCUGUCACUCAAGGAAGUAACUGAAACACCAGAGGUAUCAACUGAAAAGGGAACCACAAUGCCAGUUAGCCCUGUUGAGGCUGAGGAAGAACAGAAACCUGAAGAAGGAACUCAGAAGCCAAUUGCAGAAGAGGGUGUAACGUCAACUGAACCAACGAAGAUGCCUGUUCCUGAAAGUGAAGGAGUUACAGUUCCAAGUGAAGAACAACCCAGUGAAACACCUGUACCAGCUGCAGAAGCAAGCUCUACAUCGAUGCCAGAAACUGUUCCAAUCUCGCCUGAAGAAGGAGCUGAAGAACAUAAAGCUGUAACGGAAACUGAAGGUGUAACCGAAGAGAAAGAAACGACUGUCCCAAGUGAAGUGAGUCCAACUCCUGAAGAACAACCUGCUGUUACUGAGAAGCAACCGGAAGAAGGCUUGCCAGAGGUAACGCAACAAACUGAAGCACCUUCUGUGGAAGAAGAAACUGAAAAACCGAUGGUAGAAGAGAAAGGACAAGCUGAAGAACAAACAACAACACCAUCAGCAGAGAUUGAAAAGGUAACUGAAGCUGUUUCUAAGGCACCUGUUGAGGCAGGUUCGACUGAAUUGCCAGAGAAAGAGACAACUGAAGAACCAACAGGCCAAGAACCAUCUGAAGUACCAGAGAAGGCACUUCCUACUGAAGGACCUGCGCAAGCUACCGAAGUUCCAGAGAAAAUGACUCCUGCUACAGAAAUUCCAGAGAAAGAACAACCUGUUGAAGUUCCAGAGAAAGCAAUAACUACUGAAAUGCCUGAAAAAGAAUAUUCAACUGAAGCUCCUUUGAAAGUAACUCCUAGUGAACAAGUUCCAACUGGAAUGCCAGAACAGGAAAUUACUACUGAAGCACCAGAGAAAGAAAUUCCUAGUGAAGGUCCAGAGCAUCCUACUACUCAAGCUCCAGAAGGAGAACAAGCUUCUGAAGUACCAGUGAAGAGUUUGCCUGAAGAACAACCUGAAGGAACAACGGAGAAGGCACUUCCUGAAGGAACAACGGAGAAGGCACUUCCUGAAGGAACAACUGAAAAAGCACUUCCUGAAGGGGAACAACCUGUUGAGACAACAGAAAAGACACUUCCUGGAGAAGAAAAACCUGCAGAAGUACCAGUGAAGAGUUUGCCUGAAGAACAACCUGAAGGAAUAACGGAGAAGGGACUUCUUGAAGGAGAACAACCUGGAGGAACAACUGAAAAGGCACUUCCUGAAGGAGAGCAACCUGUUGAAACAACAGAAAAGGCACUUCCUGAAGGAGAGCAACCUGUUGAAACAACAGAAAAGACUCUUCCUGGAGAAGAAAAACCUGCAGAAGGUGAACAACAAACCCCAGCGCCUGAAGGAGAAACUCCUCAAACCACGGAAGGUAUUCUGGUCAAGGAACAAACACCAAGCGUAACUGAAGCUCCACAAACUGAAGAAAAGUCAACCAGUCUUCCAACAAUAGGCGAAGAAGAAAUGGUACAGCCAACCACAGCUGCGCCUGAGGCUGAAGCAACCUCUCCUCACGAAACGCAACCUCCAGUAUCUCCUGCCGAAUCCACAGAAACCCCAGCUGCCCCUGAAGAAGCAACGACAAAGGAAGCUGAACCAAGCCAACCGCCAGAGGAACCACAAGCUCCUGCAACAGAAGCACAACCCAGUGUAUCAGAAGCUCAACCCUCUUCAACAGAAUCCCCAGUCGAAGCUUCCACAGAACAUGAAACUAAGGAACAUCCAGAAACUGAAAGAACCCCUGAAGAAGAGCACUCAACAGUGCAAGCAGCGACAGAAGUGCCAGAAGAAAAGAGCACAGUGGCACCGGUUGCCCCUGAAGAACACAAAGAAGAGGAAGUUUCGAUGAAACCAGAAGAACAAUCAACCGAAGCACCUGUUGAAGAGCCUAUCACUAAGACAGCGCUUCCAAUAGAACCAAGUGUCGUAGAACCAACGGAAGAGGAACAUGAAGGAGAAGAAGGUGAAGAAGGUCUUCCACCACAUGGCGAACCAACGAUUCCGGAAACCGUUCCAACGACGGAGAAGGAGGAAUCAGCUGAAGAACAUGUUCCAGGUGUAUACGACGAACACGUUCCACCAGUGAACGAGACGUACCAAGCUACAGAGAAACCAGUACAUCCUGAUCUUCACGGACGACCUACGACUACUCCAGCUCCUCAGACACACGAGUAUCCAGAUCAGACAGUGACUGGAGAGGAGAAUCCACACUUCCCAAUACACGGUGGCAGCUACUUGAACCCAGACGAGGAUUACGACGAAGAUGAUCAGGCGAUUUAUGGGCCAGGAACUUGCAGAUUCGGUGGCAAAGUCUACGUAUCAGCUCAACAGAUACCAAGGGACGAUCCCUGUGAUUUCUGCUUCUGCUUCAGAAGCGACAUCAUCUGUCUACAACAGAGCUGUCCACCACCGAUCCCAGGAUGCCACGAGGAGCCAAUCAACGGCUUCUGUUGCCCGAGAUACGAGUGCCCGGUAUCGAUGGCCACGUCGCUGAAUAUCACCACGACAACGACCACGACCACGACUACGUUGCCGCCGCACUUCCACGCCCACGCGUACAAGGGAGCCGCGAAACGAAACGGCUGUCAAAUCCGCGGACAAGCGUACCGCGUUGGAGAAGUCAUUAGGUCCGCGUCGGGACCUUGUCUUCAGUGCACUUGUGGAGGUGAUGGCAACAUGAAAUGCGAUCCACGAGUGUGCAGCCCGGAGCCAAUGUUGAGGCAAAUGAUCGCUGCAGUCACGGCCAGAAGGAGGAGAUGA